AUGUCGUCUUUGACUCGUGAAGAAGUUGAACAGCACUCGACACGCGAAUCGUGUUGGGUGGCCGUCCACGGUUCUGUUUACGAUGUCACUGAUUUCCUCGAUUCGCAUCCUGGUGGUGUGAGUGUUAUCCUCCGUUGCGCUGGCAAAGACGCUACAGCCGACUUUGACUCAGUUCACGACAAAGACGUUCUGUCGCAAGCCCUGGCUCCGUCUGCCCUCAAAGGCGUUGUCCACCCUGACACUCUGGCAAAGUCAUCCAGGCCUCCUCCUAAACCUUCAGCAGCGGAAGAGAAAGCUCCGCCCCCGUUAGCAAGUUUAAUCAAUUUACACGAUUUUGAAAAGGUAGCCCAGCAGUAUCUCCCCCCUCACGCAUGGGCAUAUUAUUUCUCAGGGGCAGACGAUGAAAUCAGCAAACGCCAGAGCCAAAAGGCUUACCAGAAGGUGGCGCUUCGACCUCGAAUUCUUCGUAGUAUCCGCAGUUUGGAUACUACUACGUCGAUCCUGGGCAAGUCUGUCUCGUUGCCGGUCUACAUGAGUCCCACGGGAAUUGCCAAAUUUGCUCAUCCGGAUGGCGAGUGCGCCCUGGCUGUCGCGGCAGGCCAGGAAGGACUGGCGCAGGUGCUGGCCAAUGGAUCCAGCAUGUCCAUUGACGCUGUGCGAGUGGCUGGAACACACCACGAGAAGCCGCUUUUCCAGCAGCUGUACGUCAAUAAAGAUAUCAAAAAGUCAGAAGAAACAGUCCGACGGGCUGUAAAGGCCGGCGCUAGUGGGAUCUGGAUCACGGUUGACUCCCCGGUGGUGGGAAAGCGGGAAAUGGAUGAGAGGUUGAAUCUCGAAGUUCAGGCGCGAGACUCAUCCGCAAAAGGACAAGGUGUUGCAAAGACAAUGGCCAGCUCCAUCUCGCCGUUCAUCGACUGGGAGAUCCUCUCAUGGCUUCGAAAGCUUACCGAUCUGCCAGUGGUGAUCAAGGGCGUCCAGUGCGUGGAGGAUGCAGUACUGGCAUACCAACAUGGGGUGCAGGGAAUUGUCCUUUCUAAUCACGGAGGGAGAUCCCAGGACACCGCCCAACCACCGCUGGUCACACUGCUGGAGAUCCGACGGUAUGCGCCAUUCCUGAUCGAAAGCCACAUGCAAAUAUUCAUCGAUGGAGGCAUCCGACGGGGGACCGACGUGCUAAAAGCCCUUGCCUUAGGAGCGACAGCAGUAGGAUUGGGACGGCCAUUUUUGUUCAGUCUGUCCGCGGGCUAUGGAGCUGAGGGAACACGCAGGGCCGUUCAGAUCUUGCGACAGGAGAUUGAGGCAAACAUGUUGGGACCUCACUUGGUGAAUGCAACGAGGCUAGAAAGAGAUGUGGUUGGCUCAGUGAAGCUAUAA